AUGGAAGUGGUGUCCGACCCCUCGCAGCCGGAGCUGGGGCACUUCCUCCGCGCCACGCAACGCUUCGAGCCCGGGGACCUGGUGCUUCAAGAGGCUCCGCUGCUACGCUUGCGGGGCCGGAAGUGGGCAGAGGCGCUGCCACAGGUGCCACGGCUCCGGGAGGCCCGGCUUUUCGUGCCCACGGCGGACAGCUUGGCGGUGCGGCGCAUGCGGGCGGCGGUGGCCCGGGAGGCAGAUCCCGACGCCGCGCUCUUCCUGCGGUCCGUGCUGCACUUCAACUCCUUCGGUGCGGGGACGGCGGGGCAGGACCAGGUGGUCUUCCCCACCCUGGCGAGGGCCAACCAUUCCUGCCUUCCCAAUUGCUUGGUGGAUGGGGACCUUGGCACCCUGCGGGCCGUGCGCCCGGUGGAGUCCGGGGAGGAACUCAGCGUGUCCUACCUAGACGAUGCGGCCUUGAUGCUGGACAUUAAGUCCCGGCAGAAGGAGCUGCAGGAGCGAUACGAGUUCAGGUGCCGUUGCCUACGCUGCACCUCAGAUGAUGACACCCAGCGGUUCUGCUGCAGCUGCAAAGGGGAUCUGCUGCCGCGCGGCGCCGCCCUGCGGUGCCUGUCCUGCGGCCUGGAGCCCCCAGCGCCGGAGGUGCGGCGCCUGCGGGAGGCGGAGGCGAAAGCUGCGACCUCCCUGCAAGCUGCCCGCUCUGGAGACCUGGAGGAGGAGGAUGAGGGGCAUGAGCUCAUCAAGUGCCAUCAGUUCACAUCCCAACAUCCCCGCCACGGCCUGUCCUUUGCGCUGGCCAAUGAGUUUGCCUUCCCGGACCCCGAGGUGGCCAAAAAGAUUGUUUUGGAAGUGCUGGACCUGGUGCUGAAGAUGCCAUGCCAGCUGGCCAUCGACACGGGCCGGGACCUGGCGGCGCGGCAGAAGGGGCCCCUGGCGGUGCAGACGUUGAUGCAGGCAGCUGCGGUGGCAAAGCUGCUUGAUGGCAAAAACAGCAUCGAAGAGGUCCUCAAGGAGUGGGGUGAGACACGGAAGACAUGGACGGCUCCAGCCGCCAGCGCUGGCGAUAUGGAGUCCUUCGGGAGUGAGGAGACAAAUUGGCUGAGCAGACAACGCAAGGCCGCUGCCGCCAUCACCGUGAAAGCCAAGAGGGCGGAGCAACAAACUGCGGAGCAGAGACCCAACCUCCAGCCGGAGAAGGUGCCGGAACAUCCACUCCGCCUUUGGGCCAUGCCACUGAUGCUGGCAUCCUUGGCGGCGCUGCUGGCAGCUGGCCGCAUGUGGGCCAAGCGCUGA